CUGAAUGGGGACUCCACCCAAUUUUAAGUAAAUUUAAUUCAAGAUGACAUUUAGGCAAAAAAGAUACCCUCCUCCGAGUCCAUACAACCGGCGUUCGAGUAGUGCUUUGGCCAGCGGAGUUGUGCUCGGUUACGAUAAGGGUGAGAGGGUCGCCUUAAAAAGAAUUCCGUUUAAACCUGGCGAGAAUAGGGGCGAACAAAGUGAGGGCCAUUGGGAAAAUUUAACAAAGUUACAUGAUGAUAAUCUGGUCCAAUAUCGCAGCUUUACGCUACAGGAUGAUGGCAGAUACCUAGCGAUGGAGUUGUGUCUUGGAUCUAUGCUCGACUAUUGUCGCGGCACAUUAGACAGCGCGGUUGCGCCACUCGUUAAAGGCAAUGAUGUCAUGUGGCAAAUCACGUGCGCUAUUGAUUACCUUGAACGCCAAAGAAUUGGGCAUGGAGACUUGAAACUGGAAAACGUGCUCUUUAAAAAAAUCGAUUCGGAACCCCAACGGAUUGUUGCCAAACUAUCCGGAUAUGGAUGCAACUAUCCUCAACCUACGGAUAACAUCAAGACGGAUUUCUCCAAACUCGGCCGCUUGUACAUUUCCGCUGCAACUAAAAAGGAGAACAGACCAAGCGGAGCUCUCGCCACCUGGAAUUUAAAUGAAAUCGACCUUAGCGCCCAAAAGGCUGCAUUGGAAUUGAUUAACCUGGUGACUGAUGCCAAAAAUCCGUUUACUUUUGAAGCUGGCACAUUACUGCGGCACCCGUUUUUUAUCUGUUACUGCCAAUUUGCGGUACCAAGGCUAAUUGAAGAGCAGUCGAAUGAGGAUAUAAGACGUGCAUUGAACGAUCACCACAACCUGGAGAUUUGGAGCAAAUUUUUGAGUGAAGGCCAAAAUAACCCGCUCCCAAAUGAAAAUUUCAGUGACCUAGAGAAAAUUCUUUACGAAGAUGAUAAACGCCUUGAAACAUCGUUAAUCGAGGCGUCAUCAAGAGUCCCACAAUUAUUCGCACAAUAUGUUUGGUAUCUUUCUACUACCCCGGCCGCUAUCCCCAACCAAAAUAAUCAAAAAUCAGAGUUGGAGAUAGGGGAGACUCUAGGACAAGGAAUCUAUGGAAAAGUGAACAAAUGUUAUUAUACCAACAAAGAUAGAAUACGAAUUCUGGCCGCCUGCAAACAAUUUAACGCUAAAGUCGGCAAAAAGAACUCAUUCGAACGCGAAAUUGCUACCCUUUCGCGGCUAAAUCACCUUUUCAUCAUCAAGUACCUCGAUGUCGUAGAAAUGGAUGACAAAAAAUUUAUGGUAAUGGAACUGUGUGAAGGAUCCUUAAAAGGCUACUUAGAAGGAAUGCUGGACCGAGUUCCCAAAGACUCAAUGGAUGACAAAAUAAUAAUAAGUCACGUGGCCCUUGGCCUGGCCUACAUCCACAGCAAAGGAAUUGUCCACAAGGACUUAACACUCGAAAAUAUUCUUCUGAAAUGUCCGUCUCCUGCAUCCCGUCUCGUGUUGGCCAAAAUCGCUGAUUUCGUAUUGGCUAAAGAACUAAAACCGGAUACUUGCGAAUUUAGCGUCACGAAGCAUCUUGGUACAGAAGCUUACAAGGCACCUGAACUCAAAGCUCCAAAUCACGCUUAUCCAGCCAAUUUUGCUAGCGACAUUUAUGCCUUCGGCAUCAUAAUUGCACAGGUUGCGUUGAAAGGAUAUCAUCCAUUCACUUCCGAGAGAACUUAUCAAUCCCUUUGCAUGGCGGCGGGUCUGGUUCCGCCUACACUUCAACAUCUCAGCUGGGACCUGAUUGAUUUGAUCAUCAAAUUAACAGCUAAAGAACCAGCGAGACGUCCCAUCAUGGCCUUAGUUUUGUGCCAUCCAUAUUUCGUCUUGACAAAUGCCAAGACCAAAAGACAUUUCGUCGAUCAUCUAUGGGCACACAUCAAUUCGAAAGAGAAUAGAAGGAUUUCAAUGAAACAAAUCUUCAACAGCCACAAUUUCCAGGAGUGGUACAGAACCAUAACGGCUAAUACACAUGAAACUGCCGAGGAAAUUGCAGAAAGGGAGACAACCCUUCCAAAGUUUACACAAAUUCAACCAGAUUGCACAGUUGAAAGUUUGUACGGUCCGGCCAAACAAUACAAACAAAAAAUUCAAAACGUAUUGAAGGCGGAAUACGAUGAUAAAAUUGCAAAUAAAAUCAACCAGGUCAUUUCGCCUCACGCUCUGUUCGCUCGUGAUCAUUCCCACAAUCGUACUACGCAGCCUGCUGCCGCAUCAAUUCACCAUGGAGAAGCAUCAGAAAAGAAUGCAACCACAAACGAAAUUAAUAAGACGAGUACAGUGGUACAAAACCAAAUUUCCCGGAAACGUUUGCACAAAAUGGUAGAAAUUACACCAGCGCUUUUGGUGUUGUAUUUCUGGUCUUCCUUAGCCGACACGAUCAACAGCAAACCUGUCAAUCCAUCGGAGACUGCAACGAAUCAACAAAACCCGAUUUCUUCCGGCAAAAGAAAGUAUCAACUGGCACAAUUCAGAAAAUUGAUUACCAACGAGUUGCAAUGGAGCAGUUUGUUCUAUGAUGACGAUGAGCAAAUCGCCGACGAGUUGUGGAAAAUAAAGUAUCCCCAAAUUCACGAAAUGUCGCAAGAUACGGAAAAAGAAAUAAUACGAGCAGCGGCGAAAUGCAACAUCUCGCCAGCUAUUUGGUCGGAAUUGCUGAAUUGGAUGGGAACAAGCGCCGAUUCAGUUCUACUUCACGAAGUAGUUCAAAGCCAAGUUCCAAAUGCUCCAAAAAUUGCCGACAUGAUUCUAAAAAAACAUUGGUUCAAGGAAGAACAACUUUCUUCCUUUCAUUUGGCGGCCUUUAAUGAAGGAAACUAUACAGACGACAUCGUGAAAGUGCUUUUUGAUAACAAAAGAAUUCCAACCCUGACCGAAGAUGGACUUACUCCGAUUCACAUCGCAGCCCUAAACGAGUCGGAUUGCGGAUGGAUGAUGUUAAAACUUCUCCUGGAUAACGGAGCGGAACCAAACGCUCGUUUUCAAAACGGAACCACACCCGUCCAUUGGGCAGCCAUGAAUCAAGGGAGACACGCAGGCGAAAUGUUAAAACUCCUACUCGAUCGCGGUGGCGAUAGCGAUAAGAUCGAUGAAAAUGGUCUCGAGCCAAUUCACUAUGCAACGUUGAAUACUAGUGAUUCUGCAUUCAUGCUGUUGGACGUGCUCCUUAAAAAACGAGGUGCCAACGCCACUGACAGCACUGGAAGAACGUUACUUCACUUUGCAGUGUUAAAUGAAGGACAUUUUGCACAAGAAAUAUUAAACAAAUUGAUUGAAAGUGGAGAAAACCCUAAUGCCCGAGAUGACAAUGGACGAACCCCCCUUCAUUUAGCAACACGCGAUGAAAAAAUUCAUCAACUUGAAUUGAUGCGAAUUUUGUUACAAAACAGCGGCGAUCCGAAUGCUGUUGACCAAUCAGGAUUGACACCUGUUCACUACGCAGCGGCUAGUGAAAAUGAAUAUGCCCAUAAAAAACUUAAACUCUUGUUAACUUGUAAGGGAUAUUUAACCAUUCAAGACAAAGACGGACUCACACCUAUUCAUUGUACCAUCAUCAAUAAAGGCAAAUGUGGGGAUGAAAUGAGAAAGUUAGUGGGUGUCAACCCACAGAAAACAAACGCUUACCUCAACAGCAAUAAAGAGACGCUCCUGCAUCGCCUUGUCAGUAAAAAUGAUGGUCAUCUCGAUCUUGUUCAAAUGGUAAUCCAAAAUGGAGGUGAUCCGAACGCAACAGAUAAACUUGGACGUUCACCUGUUCAUUCGGUCGUCAUCUCAAACGACUCACUUGUGGGACUAGGCAUGUUACGGCUGCUGCUUGCAAAUCGAGGAAACGUUAACCUACAGGAUAAGGAAAAACAAUUUACACCUGUUCACUAUGCGGCAUCUAGUUUGAAACUAAGAGUACCUGAAAAGAUGAAGAUCCUCCUUAAAAGCGGUGGAGAUGUAAACGUAAGGAGCAAUGAUGAGAUCACACCCUUACAUUUGGCGGUUGCGAAUUCGGGAAUUUACGGACCGCAAGUGACGAGAAUGUUACUCAAAUUAGGAGCUGACGUGAAUGCCAUCGAUGUUAAUCUACGAACGCCGUUGCAUGCGGCAAUUAGAAAUGAAAACGAUGAAGCUAGUUUUGAUGCGAUUUUGCAGUUGGUCGAAAAAGGCGCAAAUCCCAACGCUCGUGACAUUAAAGGAUGGACACCGAUCCAUUACGCCGUUCAACGUCGAAAACGUAAUUCGGUCCAAGUGGUGAAGCUUCUGGUACAACACGGAGGCAGCAUGAAGAUCAAAGACAAUAAAGGGAUGACGCCACAACGUCUCGCCGAACACUGCCUGCCCGAGUGUUUGACUGCUGAUCAAAUCUAAACAAAAAAAGGCGGAUGCAUAAACUUUGCCCAAACAUAGACUUUUUAGGAUUCAGCAUCUAGCUGAGUAUACUAAAAAGCUAGGGAUUUAUCGACACAACCGUUCUCUUCAUAAGAACGUCAUACUACUAAAAUUUUAAAACAUAUUUCUGGUUAAUUUGAUGGUUGGACAAAAGCUGAUAAUUCUGUUCUUAAUACGAAUGUACAGGGGAGCGAUUCAGCAACAGUCCAUCAUCUUUGAAAUCAGAAUAGAAUUCACAAUGCCCCUUACGUGUAACUCUUAUUCGGAUUUACCACAAUGUGUACAUCUAUGGAUCAUUUAAAAAAUCUGUGCAAUAAAGAGGGCAAGUAGAACGUUUCGUAAUCUAGGAAGCUUGCAUCUGCGUAACAAGUUUCGCAGCCACAUUAAACUAUUAGGAAUGGCCACUGACCUUGCUGACGAAGUUGUCUUAAUAGUCCGAGACCAUUUCAAUUUGAUGUCCACACAGCGAAGUGUUGUUUUACAUGUCGCCGCUGGUCAGUUGCACAGUAGCGAUUUAUCUUGGGGUAGUAAUGGGGCAUCCAGGCCCGAAGCCGGAGUUCGUCGAGUGAGUCAACAUCCUGACGCUCAAACCGGAAAGAAUUAUUCUAAAGCGGGACUCAACAUGAAUCGCGUCCGCCAGAUGGAAUCUUCAACUAAGUUCGGACCGAGUAAUGCACCAGCAAUGAUGAGCGAAGCCCAGGAAUCUUUUCUUCCGCUGGAUAACGCUCUAAAAGGAAAGGUAAUGCAUCAUCAUACCAGCAAUUGAUUGCAAAAUGGAAUUGUGGGCAACUCAUCGCUGGUGGCUGGAGCCGAAUGAACGCUGCCAACAACAAUCACUGCCAAUGAUCAGGGACCACCCAACAGGCGGGGAGGAAGCAUCAGACGACCGAAUCAUCGCUCUUGUUCAAUUAGGGCGGACAAUCGACCAUCGAGACGGAUGGAUCUCUUUGCAAACAGGGUUUCACGUUACCGGCCAUCGAACCGUGUCCUGCAUGUGGAUGACAAAUCAAAUUACCAGUUCACUUGAGAAUUACAUAACCAACAUUUCUGUUAAUCCAUUAUUCACUCAACGGAUUGACAAGUUUUUAGCAUACUUAACAGUAUUUAAAAUUAUUUUUCCUAUUUCCAUCUCAUUUUUUUAAAACGAAACCUUCA